CUAAACUCAUCUGUCACUGUCACGAAAUUAUUUUUAUUUACGUCGAACUUUAAAGUGCAAAAAAUAAAUAAAUUAGUUUAUUUAUAUACAAAUUAAUAAUGUCUGACGAAUACGAUUGUGUUCAACGAAAUAAACUUAAAUUAAAAAUUGACGAUAGUUCCUCCAAGAAGAAGAAAAAGAAGAGCAAAGAAAAGAAAAAACUACAACAAGCUGCUGCUGCAGCAGCAGUUUAUGUCGAAGAAACAACAAAGAAAGCCCCAGAAAGAAAACUAACAAAAGCUGAACAAUCUUUCAAAUCAAUGCAAGAGAAAAUGCAAACGAAAAGAAUCACAGAGAAAGCAUCACUGACUCACAAACAACGAGUCGAGAAAUUCAAUGAACAUCUUGACUCACUCACUGAACACUUUGAUAUUCCCAAAGUCUCCUGGACGAAAUAAAAGUGGAAGCAGUUGGAGGGCAAUGGAUAUAUUCUUUCUAAUGAUCAGGAAUUGGAAAAAGGUCUUGAAUUGCAUUUUUAUUGCUUUGUUUUUAAAUAAUACAAAGAGCUGAAUAGAACAUUAAAAACACUAAAA